AUGACAAACGAGUGGCGCGAGUCCAAGCUGCGGACUGAGGUCCUGCAGCCCAAGGCGUCGGCAAAGACCCCGUACUCGAUCGAAUCACCUGGCGCCAAGCCCGUCGAAGGCGAGACCAUCCCGCGACGACACCCUCUUACCGCGAAUGGUCUCAUUACCACCCCCGCCAACAACAUCACCACAACAUAUGAGCUGCUGCGUGUGAGCGUCGCCAAGUUCGGCAACGCAAAGGCCCUCGGGUCGCGACGCCUGGUUCGCACCCACCAGGAGACCAAGAAGGUCAAGAAGAUGGUAGACGGCAAAGAGCAGCAGGUCGACAAGGCCUGGACCUUCUUCGAGCUCAGCCCCUACGAGUACCUCACCUACAAUGACUACGAGCGCCUGGUUCUGAACGUCGGUUUCGGUCUGAGGAAGCUUGGCAUGGCCAAGGGCGACAGAAUCCACAUAUUUGCCGCCACGAGCGCCAACUGGCUGGCCACCUCCCACGCCGCUGCCUCCCAGUCGAUGCCCAUCGUCACCGCCUACGACACCCUCGGCGAGGAGGGACUGCGACAUUCUAUGGUCGCCACCGGUGCCAAGGCCAUCUUCCUCGAUCCCCAUCUACUCCCGACCCUGGGAAACGUUCUCAAGGACGCCUCAGAAGUGCGCUACGUAAUCUGGAACAACCAGAACCAGGUUAAACAGGAGCACAUCGACAAACUCAAGAGCGCCUACAGCCACGUCACCGUCAUGAGCUUCAAGGAGCUCGAGAAGCUUGGGAAGGAUAAUCCUACCGACCCGGUCCCUCCUACCCCUGAGGAUCUCUGCUGUAUCAUGUACACCUCUGGCUCCACUGGUACCCCCAAGGGUGUGCCGUUAAAACACAAGAACCUCGUUGCCGCUGUUGCUGGUGUCAGCGUUGUGGUACAGCCGUUCAUCGGGCCAGGCGAUAGUGUCCUCACCUACCUACCUUUAGCCCACAUUCUCGAGCUUGUAUUCGAGAACGCCUCGCUGUACUGGGGCGCAAACAUGGGAUACGGAAACCCCAAGACUCUGUCCGACACCUCGGUCCGCAACUGCGCUGGUGAUAUCCGCGAGUUCAAGCCUUCCGUCUUGGUCGGUGUGCCAGCAGUCUGGGAGUCGGUCAAGAAGGGCAUAACCGGCAAGGUGGCUGCCGGUGGUCCUGUACUGCAGAACAUGUUCUGGGGCGCUCUGGGGCUGAAGAGCAGGCUGUUGUCCAUGGGACUUCCUGGCUCUGGUCUGCUUGACCACGUGGUCUUCAAGAAGAUCAAGGAAGCUACAGGAGGCCGCCUUAAGCUCUGCCUGAAUGGCGGCGGCCCUGUUGCCAGAGACACACAGGAGUUCAUAUCCAUGGCCAUUGCACCCAUGAUCAUCGGAUAUGGUCUCACCGAGACCAGCGCCAUGGGGGCCCUCAUGAGCCCCCAUGAAUGGUCAUCGGAAACCCUUGGAGCGAUGCCCGCUUCUAUUGAAGUCAAGCUCGUCGAUUUUCCUGACGCCGGCUACUACGCGACCAACAAGCCGAACCCACAAGGAGAAAUUUGGAUCCGGGGUGCCGGCGUCAUGGACGAAUACUACCAGAACGAGAAGGAGACUCGCGAAAACAUGUCCGAUGGCUGGUUCAAGUCGGGAGAUAUUGGCGAGUUCGACGCCAAUGGACAUAUUAAGAUCAUCGACCGCAAGAAGAACCUUGUCAAAACCUUGAACGGCGAGUACAUUGCGCUCGAGAAGCUCGAAUCGAUCUACCGAUCCGCCCGUGUUGUGAACAACAUCUGCGUGUACGCAGACCAGUCCAAGGCCAAGCCUAUUGCGAUCAUUGUGCCGGCCGAACCGGCACUGAAGAAAUUAGCUGAAGAGAACGGCAUCCAGGGCUCUAGCCUGGAGGAGCUGGUGCACAACAAGAAGCUGAACGGUAUCGUGCUUAAGGAACUUCAGAAUGCAGGACGCGCCGGCGGUCUCUCCGGAAUUGAGAUCAUCGAGGGUGUUGCGCUCUCUGAUGAAGAAUGGACCCCGCAAAACGGCCUUGUAACCGCGGCGCAAAAGCUAAACCGGAAGGUCAUUCUCGAUAAAUACAAGUCCGAGGUUGACGAGGCUUACAGCUCUUCAAGCUAG